AAACAAAAGAACGAGUUUUUCCCCAGCAGUUAAACAGUGCGGACGUACAUUAGACAUCGGUCGACUCAACUUUUCUAUUCCCAGUUGUUCGAAUUAGCAACCAGCACCAGCACCAAUCUGCAAAGGAGUAAAAUCCAGGAAACGGAAGCGCCCGCGCAAAAACUACAUAAGCCCUAAACAAGAAGCGAGCGCAAAAUGUCGGACGAUUACGACAAGUACGACUUUGAGAUGGAGAAGCACAUCCACUCGGGGCACAGUGGCAAGCAGCGCAGCAAGAAGGAGGCAAGCGACCACACCAACCAUUACGAUCCGAGCGGCCAUUCGCGCAAGAUUGUGACCAAGCUGAAAAACACGGAAUCGAACAAGAAGUCACCGCCGAAGUAAACUAAUGGGCAGGAGUGUGACUUCCGUGCGAAUGUGGUGUGUGUGAGAGUGUUUCUAAUCCGGCCAGCGCGCCAUGCGAACGAAAAACGGUUGAGCGAGCGAUCUCUAAAGGCGGUACGGGGUGGGGCGCACAUUACAAACGACCCUGCCAACUACACCACCACCACUACCACCACUACCAGUAGAACUUCCUCCUUUUUUGCCUAGAGCGAAGAGAUGCAUCCAACCAUUCAUCCGUCGGUUUUGCUGCUAUUUUUGUGUGCUGUGUUGUGUCCGUCGCAAUACGCAAUAGAGGAUGACCCUGUGUGACUUCAAAGGCAAGCUGAACACACACACGCACGCACACGCACACACGGACUGCUACCUGCGCGCAGCAUAAAAGGGCGAGAAGAAGAAGGAGUAAAAACUGGAGAGAAAACACACACACACGUGGUGGGGUGAGGUGCUAGGUUGUGCACCGUGCCGUGUGUGUGUGUGUGUGCGCCAUCGUCCUUACUUCUAGACUUUGUUUUAAAAAAGAAGGCCAAAGUCACCCCGCCGCCCCGCCUAUCUCCCUCCUGAGAAGGGCUGUGUGCGUGGAGAGAGGGGAGUGGUGUAGGCCCGGAACCAACUGCUCCACCACCAACCUGCUUGUUUUUAAACUAUGAAUUACAAUUAUCGGUACCUUUUUGUGUGUGAUCAAUUAUUAUAGCUGCAAGUUAAUGUACUAUUAAUAAAUAAUAAAAAAGAAACGAAAAUAAUUCCUUAAAAUAUA